UAGGAUAUUUUUCCUGCAGUGCUCAUGGCACUUUCUAGAUCUCUUGUUUUUGCUUUGAUCUGUUGGGUUAUAUUCAUCGGUCUCGAUGCACAAGAAACCACAAGUAUAAACUGUGACAUAACACCCAACCCUCUCAUGCUGUCAUCCUUUGUGGAUGAAUAUACAGGUGAUAUAGAAUGGAUUACAAAUAUCCCACCCAAUGUAAAUUUGACGUUAGAAGAAUAUUUAUUCCCUGAACACUUACCAUAUGUGGAGCUACUAAAUAAUUUUGGAUCUAAUAAUGCAACAGUGAGGACUCGUAGGCCAUUGGAUGUUGAUUCUAUUGAGAGUGACCGUCUCUUUUAUGCUGUUGUUUGCCAAAGGAUUGGAACGGCUGACAAGAUAGAGAAUGCACGUGUUGUAAUCUUACAGGAUAUAAAUGACAAUUCUCCAGAAUUUCUACAGACUCAGUAUAACACUUCAGUAUCAGAGGUAUCUGAAGUAAAUUUCACAGUUAUAAAAGUGGAAGCUCAGGAUAAAGAUCUGUCACCUGCAUUCAGUCUCAUUAGUUACAGUCUUUGGGGUCCAAACUCCGAUUACUUUUAUAUAAGGGAAGGAGAUGGGAACAUCAUGGUGAAAAAACCUUUGGAUUACAACAAGAUCAGCCUUUUCAAUUUAACAGUCCAAGCAAAGGAAAGACUUGGAAACAACAGUGGUAAUGCAUCAUUACUAAUUAAUGUACGGGAUUAUGACACGUUGAACCCCUAUUUCAGUCAAUCAGUGUACAACGGAACAAUCAGUGAAAAACAGAUUGGUCCUCUGGCUGUUCUCCCAGAGAAGAUAUUAGCUAAAGAUGGAGACACAGGUAUAAAUGAAAAGAUAUUUUACAGCAUCAAACUAGUGAACCCUCCUGCCUACAACAACAGUUUUUCAAUCGAUGCAGACAGUGGAGUGCUGAAAGUAGAUACUGAAGUUGACAGAGAAAAAUGUCCUUAUCUUAUUGUUGGCCUCCAGGCAGCUCAGCAGGACAAUAAUCUCAAAACAGCUGAUGCAAUAGUGCUGGUUACUAUUGAAGAUGUGAAUGAUAAUUCUCCAGUACUGUCACAAGCAAACUACAAUGUCUCAAUUCCAGAAAACUCCCCAGAUGGGAUGGAAGUUCUUCAAGUAACAGCUAUUGACGAAGAUGAGGGAGGCUUCCAAGGAACGUUCAUUCUUGCUCCGGCUGACAGUCCCUUCCAGCUAAGUGAAGCUGGGAUCCUAACUGUGAGGAACUCCACUCUGUUAGACAGGGAGAAAAUACCGUCUAUCCACCUACAGGUUGCUGCUAGAGAUCAUUUGCCACCUUACUUUGAGGUGCAGUCUGCAAUCAAUAUAUUGCUACUGGAUGAAAAUGACAACACCCCCACUUUUAGAGGCACACCAUAUCAAGAGGAGAUUUUCAUCAACAUGACUGCAGGAAUGUCCAUUCUUCAGGUUGCAGCUGAUGAUCCAGAUGAUGGCAUAAAUGGAGAGAUAAGGUUUAUCUUAGCAGGCGGCAAUGAAGAUGGAUACUUUGAAUUGAAUACAUCCACAGGACAAAUCAGUUUAAAAACAGUGAUCCCAUUAGGAGUCAACCAGCUUAAGAACUUUGUCUUGUGGAUAACAGCUACUGAUGGUGGGCUGGUUCCAAGAAGUUCGUCAGUUCCCGUACACAUCUUUGCAGUUGGAGAUUCCAGACCUCAGUUUAUUCGCAAAGUGUAUAAUGCAUCUGUGGAAGAAGAGCUGGCCAGCCAUGUUGAAGUAGCGAGAGUAGAAUUUGAGUCUUUAGAUCCCCAUAUACCAGUAACAUUUAAAGUACUGACAGAAUCAGCUACAUUUGACAUCGAUGUCAAUGGAAUCAUCUGGACAAAAACCAAACUGGACUAUGAGUCUCAGAGUAAUUACACCCUAAAUAUUUCCUUGUCAGAUGGAAAUGCUACUGACUAUGCUACCGUGUUUAUCAGAGUUACAGAUGUCAAUGACAACAGUCCUGUGUUUGGUGUAACCAGCACUACCAUUAAUAUUUUGGAGAAUGCGCCAGUUGGAACUAUUGUUAUCAACGUGUCAGCUACUGAUGUGGAUGAGGACUUCAAUGGAUUUGUGGUUUAUACUCUGAAAGGUGGAGAGGGAAAAACAGAUAUUGACUCAUCAGGAUCAAUUUUGCUGGAAAAGGAACUGGACAGAGAAGCACAAGAAUUCUAUAACUUAACUGUUAUUGCCAGUGACCAAGGUCAACCCGUGCUCUCUACAGCACUCAAUCUGACAGUCAUCGUUGAUGAUGUGAAUGACAAUCCUCCAGUCUUCAUAUCAAGUAGAUAUGAAAUGAGUGUCAUUGAAGAUGAAGUGCUUGGGAAGACACUACUGACAGUGUCUGCUACCGAUUUGGAUGCUGGGGCCAAUGCUAUGGUGAAGUACAGAAUUGUCAGCCAGCGCCCUUCAACCUCCUUGCCUGUGUUUCUUGUCAAUAUGACCACGGGCCAGCUCAGCCUAAGCCAGCAACUGGAUUAUGAAACCGUAAAGCAAUUUGAAGUAGAAGUGGAGGCAUCAGAUGGAGGGCAGCCAAGUCUCAGCACUACCACACUUGUUCUUCUCCAUGUGCUAGACAUCAAUGAUAACCCACCAGAAUUUAAUCAGGCAGCUUAUGAUGUAUUUGUUUUUGAAAGCAUACAAAAGGGUAGUCCUAUCUACGCGUUCAGUAUUACUGACAAGGACGAGGCUGGCUUUUCUCAGGGACACUUUGUUCAUAACAGUACUUUGUUUACUGUGGAUAUCCCUGGAGUACUUUCAUUAAGGAAUGACACAGAACUGGACAGGGAGACUGCAUCUGGAUUUACUUUACAAGUAUGGGCAGUUGAUGCUGAAACGAACGGGCUUAAUUCAAGCGCCUUGUUCCAUAUCACAGUCCUGGAUGUCAAUGAUAAUAACCCAGAGUUUCAGAUGCUGCCGUACAGUUUUGCAGUCCUAGAGGGAGAUUACAUAUUAGGUGCUCCUGCUGUCGUUGGACAUGUAGCUGCUACGGAUUUGGAUGAAGGAGAGAAUGCGCGAAUUACAUAUUACGUAUCAGCUGUGGAUGGGGAUAAUCCGUAUGCCAUCCAACAGGAUGGAACCAUUUUGGUUAACGGCUAUGUAGACCGAGAAACCAAAGAGAAUUAUGAGCUGCUGUUGGUGGCAUCUGAUAAUGGAGUACCUCAGAGGCAGAAUUUCACAUAUGUCAGCAUUCAAGUAUUAGAUGUGAAUGAUAACCCUCCUCAAUUUAUGAAAACACAAUACUCAGCCAGCGUACGUGUAGCAACGGCAAAAGAAGCAGUUUCUGUACUGUCGGUGUCUGCUACUGACCUUGAUGUUGGGAACAAUUCUGUUAUUUCAUACAGUUUCAUGAACCAUUCUGAUGAUUUCCAUAUAAAUAACCAUACUGGAGAAAUCACUCUCAGCACUAAUUUGGCCCAUAUUACAGCUGAUGCAGUCAUUACACUGAUAGUUAUUGCUGCUGACCAUGGAGUUCCUCAGCUUACAUCAAAUGCCUCUGUUACUCUCUACUUGCUGGUAAAUAACACUGACUUUGGACUGAUUUUUGAGAGCUCCAUCUAUGAGUUCAGCAUUCCAGAAGAGGAACCGAUCAGGACUGCCGUUGGCUCUGUGAAGGCUCUGACUGGAAGCCAAGCUGUACAAGUAGUAUAUUCUCUGAAAUCACAUAGUGACAAGUUCUCUAUUAGUGAGCAAGGAGACAUUAUGACUCUUGCCAGGCUAGACCGAGAAGAAGACGACCUCUACAGCAUCAUUGUAGAAGCAGUUGAUUCUGUGGUGCCACCCAAUACAGCUGUUGCUUUGGUAACUGUCAGGCUGAAUGACAUCAAUGACAAUCCUCCAGUUUUCUCAACAUUGAUUCAGACUAAACUAUCAGCUCGUGAGAAUGAAAGCAUGCUAGACUUGGGCAUAUUUUCUGCUACUGACCUGGAUAUAGGAGUUAAUGCACUUUUAAGCUAUUCUUUGCAAGAUGAUUUUGCUGGAAUGUUCCAUAUUAAUAGUUCCACUGGCAAGCUGAUGACAAUGCAAUCCUUAGACAGAGAAAUGACGGACAGUUAUGAACUGAAAAUAAUAGUUACUGAUUCUGGCAAACCGUCACAAUCUGCAAGCUUGGUUUUAAGCAUCACUGUAGAAGAUGUGAAUGACAACCCACCAGUGUUCCCCCAGAAAUCGUACACUGUGGCUGUAAAAGAGAAUGAGCCUCCACAUGUGAUUUUGAGUGCAACAGCCAUGGAUAAAGACAUAGGGUACAAUGCUAUUAUUCGUUACACUAUAAUUGGAGAGACUUCUUCAUUUUAUGUUGGAGAACUUUCUGGAAAUAUUACAACUGUUCAACCUCUGGACUAUGAAAGUUGUGCCCAGCAUACAUUUAUUCUGAAAGCUUUCAAUCCUGCAGAACCAUAUUUACAGGACACAGCAAACAUUACAGUUACCGUGGAAGAUCUUAAUGAAGAAGCACCCCUAUUUGACAAGCCCUCAUAUCACCAGAUCCUUCCUGACAAUUCUACAGCUGGCACACUGGUAGUAGAUAUCAAUGCAAGAGAUGAAAACAAAAGUUAUGAUGAAGGCAUAUUCUACAAUAUUACAGAUGGAAACUCAGAAGGCCUGUUUAAUCUUUCCAGUACCACAGGACAACUCACUUUAACAAGAGACUUGUCAAAGCAGACUGUUCCUCUGUAUUACUCUUUGACAGUCACUGCUACGGAUUUGGGUCUGCCACCUCUUUCAUCUUCUGUCAAGGUGUCAGUAAUGAUUGCUCCCAUCAACAUUUCAUUCCCAGUGUUCUCUGAAGCAGUCUAUCAACCUGCCCCUCUGAGUGAGAAGGCGCUGCCAGAUACUUUCGUAGUACAGAUCAGUGUGUUGUAUAAGGUCCCCGUGAUAUACAGUAUUGUAUCUGGUGAUGUAAACGGGUAUUUUAUAUCGAUCCAUCCACUGGUAUCAUAAGAACAAGAAAGAAUUUGACAGUAGAACACUUUCC